AUCCGAAGUAAACUUUAAGUCCUGUCUCCACCUGAGAAGAGGACCAAGUGGGGCCCCAAGGUGCAGUCUCGUGACGCCCCCGUGAGACCACAAAGCAGAAACAGGAAGACAGGAAGCAAUAGCAUGAUUCGGAAGUCAUUCUCUGAUGGUUCCAUCCACCCGAAGAGAGGUUGAAGUUGAGGUUGCUGAUGGAUGAAAUCUUCGGUUCUCAGGGAGUAGAAGGGUGCGGGUGUGACAACUGAAAUCCCGGAUGGAGCGUCUGACUUCAGCGGGGGAGGAGAGCAGCCCAGCCGGUCAGGAGCUGCUGCGUGUCGGCUCCCGGAGGAGGCUGGCUGGCGUCAGCUCUACCGAGCUAGCCACAGCACGGCUCACCCUGCCCGGGGUCAUGGACGCCGAGGGGAGGGUGGACGAGUCUCGUCUGAGGAUGCACAUUUUUAAAAACGGUGGGGUGUCUCCAACUGAACGUGGCGUGGUGUGGCGCUUCCUGUUUGGGAUGUACCCCUGCAGCUCUUCUGCUCUGGAGCGACCUCUGCUGCUGGAGCAGCUGGCUGUACGUUACCAAGUCAUGAAGAGAAAGUGGCAGAGCUUCCUCCCUUCGGCUGUACAGAUGCACCUCAAUGGCACGGACGCUGAGCUGGUUGCUGCUGUCAGCUACUUUGACCGGAGGCAGGCGCUCAUCCACCUGCAGGCCCAGAACCAGAGUGAUGAGAUCCGUGAUAGGCUGUUAUUCUUGGAGCUACAAGCACAGAUAUUGUUUGAACGCGUUACAUUUGACAAGGAAGAGCUGCAAGAAGCCAUCCGAAUCAUUGAUAAAGAUGUUCCAAGGACUACCAGAGAUCUGGGCUACUACCAGGGUGAAGGUUCAGGGAACCUGUUGGUGUUGAGAGACAUUCUCAUCACGUAUGCUGCUUUUCAUCCAGAGGUGAGUUACGCUCAGGGAAUGAACGACCUGUGCAGCCGAUUCCUGGAGGUUCUUGAUUCGGAAGUGGACAGCUUCUGGAGUUUUUCCAGCUACAUGGAGAAAUUUUCCAAGGAUUUCCGAGCAGAUGGUCUGUACAGAAAAAUAGGGUUGGAGGCAGCCCUGUUAAAAGAAUUGGACCCUCAGCUUCAUGGCCACUUGGUGACAGACAGCAUGGAGAGCUUCACCUUCUGUCACAGAUGGCUGCUGCUAGGCUUCCAGAGAGAGUUCGAACACAGCGAUGCUCUUCGUUUAUUCGAGAUCCUGAGUUGUGACCACCUGGAGCUCAUUUCCCAGCAAGUAGACCGAGCCCGUUGUCAGGAAAGGAUUGCAGAAACAUAUUGCACAGAUGACAAGUGCGAGUCACAGCUGCAGGCUGUCAACACAGACUUCACCUUCGAGUUGUUCAUCUGUGCCGCCAUCCUGCUGGACCACAGAGAGACUCUGCUGCAAUGUCGAGAUGAAGUCCAGCUGAUUCAGUUCACUAGCAGCCUUCAGGGAACACUGGACUUGAACAGCACAUUGAAGAAAGCAGAGCGUCAUUUCUUCAACUACUGCAAGCGCUGCGCUUGGGACUCUAUGAACAGCCACUGCAGAGCACACAAAAGCAAAGAAGAAGACUUUCUAUAUCAGCUCCGUUGUUUAUUUGUUUUAAGAUGAGACACGCUACUCCGGCCCCUCACACAUUUCUUAUCAUAUGGCGCAUAUGUUGUUUAUUCUUUGUACUCCUAAGGGAAAUAUUGUAUGAAAGUGGACACACACCAACUGUAAGCCAUUUUUUGGUUCUCAUGAAAUCAAUCAGUCACAAAAUCAUCAGUUGCAAAAUCACAUUUUUUCAGGUUACUAAAACUACAAUUUUCUGGCCCGGGAAGUAGGGGAAACCUACCACACAUUCAUCAGUUUUCCUCACCUUCCGGACCAGAAAAGUGUAGUUUCAGUAACUUGAGAAAAUGCAAUAUCGCGACCAAAAAGAAAGAAAAUUGACCCGUCGGAAAAGUGGCGCCUUUUGCAAUCUUUGGGUAUUGCUGGGACCCCCGAUGAAUGUGUGGUAGAUUUUUUCCACCUUCCGGAACAGAAAACUAUUGCACCUUGAAAAAAUGUGAUAUCGCAAGAGCCACGAACCUGAAAAAAAGGCCAAAAUUGACCCAUCGCAAAAGCGGCGUAUUUUGCCAUCUUUGGGUCCUGCCAGGACCCCCGAUGAAUGUGUGGUAGGCUUCCCUCAUUUCCCGGACCAGAAAAGUGUAGUUUCAGCAAAUUAAACAUUUUUUCAUUUUAUUUCUAAAUUUUAUUUUGUGACUGCCGCAGCCAAUGAUUUAAAAAAAAAGGCAGAAAAUUGACCAGACGGAAAAGUGGCAUUUUUUGCCGUCUCUGUGUCCUGCCAGGACCCUUAGAUGAAUGUGUGGUAGGCUUCCUUCACCUCCCGAACCAGAAAAGUGUAGUUUCAGCAACUUAAACAUUUUAUUUUAUUUAUAAGUUUUAUUUUGUGACUGCCGCGGCAAAUUAGUUUUUAAAAAAAGGCUGAAAUUGACCAGACGGAAAAGUGGCAUUUUUUGCCAUCUAUGGGUCCUGCCAGGACCCUCGGUGAAUGUGUGGUAGGCUUACCUCAUCUCCCGGACCAGAAAAGUGCAGUUUCAGGAACUUGAAAAAAUGCGAUUUUGCGACAGCCAAAAACCCCAAAAAUUCAACCGUCUGAAAAGUGGCAUUUUUUGCCAUGUUUGGUUCCUGCCAGGACUAAAAAUGUACAGGAAAUGAUCCUAGUACCUCAGAAUGGACUGUUAUGCAAUAUUUUACUAGUGGAAUGUGACAGGCAGCAGGUGUUGUUACUAACCUAGUCAAGUUAUAUUUAUCAUGACUUAUGUAACAAGUUGCCAGACGGAAGCUGCAGGGAGCAAAAGGAAAUGUAUUCUUGGACGAGCACAUACUGUAUGUUUUUCUACAGUUAAGGUCAAAAUGAUUUCAUUAAUUAUAGAGUCAAAGUGAGUUUUUAUUUGUUGAAUGGGUACGUUUUAGCUGGAAAUGACACAAGACACUAGCAAAUUGCUCUAAGAAGUCGUGUUACCGAGUUAAGUUAAGAAAUAGUCACCAUUUUCAUGUUCUUUUGCACCGUUCUCAAUCUUCCUGCUCACUUGUAGCAUAAUUUAGGGCAUUCUAAUUUCUAAUCUAUUCUAAUCAUACAUUUACAACAUGAAUGGAUAUACAGUGCAUGUAUUGACAAAGGAUUGAAUCAUUUUAGACAAUUUUGGACACAAAAAGGAAGGUUUUUUUUUUUAAAUGAAUAUCUAGUCCAACACGACUUCUUAGUUUUUUUUCCACUUAAACUCAUUAUUAGGUAUUAAUAAUGUUGGGAUUAACUACAUAUAAUUGAUAAUAUGAUGAUGCACUGCAAAUAGUCUUACAUUGUUUUUGUGUGGACAUACAAUAUAUUGGUUAAACAAGUCAGUAUUUACUCAUAUUAAACUUAAAAUAUACAGUAAAGUAAAUUUGUAUGGUCCAUAACGUGAUUGAAAUCAACAGUAUGCUAUACAGUAUAUAGUAUAGUAGUAUGUAGACAGUUGUGCAGUUGUAUAUUGCACCAAACUACAAAAGAAAUUCAAAAUUGUUACAUUUUUUAUUUUCUGACAUUGUGAAUCUGUUCAACCUGUCUAGCUUUGUGAUUAGAAUUCGCAGGUGUACCUAAUUAUUUGACCAAUAAGAAUACAGUAUAUCACGGGACCAGUGACGUGCGUUUAGGUUCAUGGCUGGUGAGGCACUGACUCCUUUGGAGUUUUUUAAUGUUAAUACAGGUUGCUCAUUAAGAGUAUAACCAAAAAAGAAGAGACUAAUUCACUUUGGUUAAAAAAUAUUUUCAAAUUGUUUUCAGAUACUAUUUAUUUAUUUUUUGUUAACUGAAAAACAGUUGUUUUCUUCACUUUUGUUUGCAUAUGAAAUACAUGCAUCCUCCUUCUCCAGGAAAAGUUCUGAUACUUUGUUGUAAAGGUUUGAUCACCUCCUGGUGAGCUUGGGUAUAAUGCUCCAUCUUGGCAGUCAAACUCAUGCUCUUGCAUUUCACUUGUUUGUAAAUCUCGCCCUAAAUUGGAAGGCCGCAGCUCCGGUUCAAAGAUGUCUGCAAGCGUGACAUGAAGCAGACCGGCAUCGACCCCAACUCGUGGGAAGGCACAGCAGUCAAUCGUCUUCUCUGGAGGGGCCGCUGUCACCGACGGAGUCAAGAGGGCAGAGAACAACAGAAACAACCAGCAAGUAGACAAGAGAGCAAAGAGGAAGGCAAGGACAGUCCCUACCUUAGCGCCAACCUCCUUUGUGUGCAACAAAUGCUCCGAAGACUGCCAUUCGGGUUGCACAGCCACUCUAGAAGAUGCAACUGUACAUGAUGAUGCCGAGAGAUAUCGAAAUAUAUAAUGAUGUCACACAUUCAUACGUACAGAAAGUC